ACAUGCAGUCAGAGUAGCGUCCGAGCUCUCUCUCUCUCUCUCUCUCUCUGUUCUGGGCUGCGAGUGUGCGCGUUCCUCGCUCAACAUAAAGGCGACGUCCGGGGCUAAACGCUUGUAGUUCGUGGAAUGGAGGAGUCGGCGGGCAGCUGCAGCCCCUGAUCCGUGCUAGGCUGGUGGCCGAGCGGCAGACCGUGGUGGGAGCCCCGCUAGCGCAGAGUCGAAGCAAAGCCUCGUCUGUUGCCCUCUUUUUCCCCCCUUCUCCGUUUUCUCGGCGAAACCCGACACAUUAGCGGCUUCACCUCUAGUUCGGAUGGCAGAUUCGGGCUAAUUAGCCUCCGCGUUUCGCAGUCCAACAGUGUAAACGGAGAGGAUUGCCCGGAUCUCGCUGCAGCGUUACACAUGCCGUUAACUUUGAACCAGAGGGACAACCCCUAAACCCACUUUCACGCGAGGGACAGGCUCUCGGAGACCUCAUCAUCCUCCACUUUAUGAAAAGGACGCGUCUCGGCAAAAGGUGAUCGGAGAACCCGCUGGGACCAUGGCGGCCACUUUAUCGGCGGAGGAGGAACAGGCUACCAGGCAGUUUCUGGAGGAAAUCAACAAGUGGACCAGUCAGCAUGGAGUGUCUCCUCUGUCCAGAGACUUGGCUGUCAAGUUCCUCAUGGCUCGCAAGUUUGACGUCCUUCGAGCCAUCGAGCUGUUCCACAGUUACAGGGAAACACGUCUUAAAGAAGGAAUCGUCAGACUUCAGCCUCAGGAGGAACCUCUUCGCUCAGAGCUGCUCAGUGGAAAGUUUACUGUGUUGAGUGCACGGGAUCCCUCUGGGGCCUCCAUCGCUCUGUACACGGCCAAGCUUCACCACCCCAACAAAACGGGCAACCACGUGGUGCUUCAAGCGCUCUUCUACCUCCUGGAUCGGGCUGUAGAAAGCUUUGAGACCCAGAGGAAUGGCUUGGUGUUCAUCUAUGACAUGGCAGGAUCCAACUACACAAACUUUGAGCUGGACCUGAGUAAGAAGAUCCUCAACUUGCUCAAGGGGGCGUUCCCUGCCAGACUGAAGAAGGUGUUGAUUGUUGGGGCCCCAGUUUGGUUUCGAGUGCCCUACAAUCUCCUCAGUCUGCUUCUCAAGGAAAAACUGAGGGAGAGGGUUCAGAUGGUAAAAAUGGCGGAGCUGCGCCAACACCUUCCCAGGGACUGUCUCCCUCAGCAUCUGGGCGGCUUGUUGCCCCUGGAUGCUUACAGCUGGAACCAACAGCUCCUGGCAGGCCAGAACGGUAGAGCGGACCCAGUGGAUGAGCUGGUGGCCAUUCCCCUGGAGGAUUCCUCCAUUCAUGUACCUGGGCCGGAGUCUAUGCGUCCACAGGAGCUGCUGGUACAUCUGGGCAGGCUGCAGCGCUCGGGCAUCCAUCAGGAGUACGAGGAGCUACGCAGGGAACUGCCACCAGGAACCUUCCACUGUGCACAAGCAGCCUACAAUCAGGAGAAGAACCGCUAUGGAGACGUGUUGUGCCUUGAUCAGACGAGAGUUCGUUUGAAACCCAGAAGGAACGAGAGAUCAGAUUACAUCAACGCAAGCUUCAUGGACGGCUACAAACAGAAGAAUGCUUAUAUUGGUACUCAAGGACCACUGGAAAGGACGUACGGUGAUUUCUGGAGAAUGGUUUGGGAGCAAAAUGUCCUCGUCAUUGUCAUGACAACCAGGACCGACGAGGGCAGUCGGAGGAAGUGUGGGCAGUAUUGGCCUCUUGAGGAGGGGGGACAGGAGGUCUACGGCCACUUGGCGGUGGUCAACCAACGGCUGGACCACCACACCCACUACAACCACACCACACUGGAACUGCACAACACUGAGACGUGUGAACAGAGACAAGUGAGUCAUUUCCAGUACCUCAGUUGGCCUGACUACGGUGUUCCCACCUCAGCCGUGACUCUCAUCGACUUCCUGGGAGCUGUGAAGAGACAGCAGAGGAAAAUGGUGAAGGCUCUGGGUCUUCAGUGGACAGGCCACCCGCUGGGACCCCCAAUGGUGGUCCAUUGCAGCGCAGGGAUUGGGAGAACAGGGACCUUCUGCGCCCUGGACAUCUGCCUGUCCCAGGUACAGGACGUGGGCUCACUGAAUGUGUGCCAGACGGUGCGGCGCAUGAGAACACAGAGGGCUUUCAGCAUUCAAACCCCAGACCAAUACUACUUCUGCUACAACGCCAUUCUGGAGCACGCCCAAAGACAGGGCCUGCUCCCGUCCAAUCAGUGAGCUCCAGCCACGAGCUCCAGCCACGAGCUCUGGCGCCGAUCCGUGAGCCCUGAGAGGUUGACACCUGAUCUGUUAACUCCGAGCCGUGUUGUGUGACCAAUUAGUGAAUCCAGGAAAGUAACUUCCUCACAGUUUAGUCUUGUGAAACUAGGCCUUUCUUCUUUGGCAGACAGUAACAUGAGCCGGUGAUAAGGCUGCUGUUGAUACUGUAGCUGCCAACAAUGUGAUGUUUUCUUUUCUGCUGGACAUAUCUCGGCAAAUCUGUGGUGGAGUGGACAACCUGCUCCAUUGCUUUGCAGCUUUGUUGUGUGAGCGGUCAGGUACAUUGAGGUCAAGUUCAUUAACCUUUUGUUUAUUUAUUUUAAAGGGCAAAAACAUGGACAUGAAAAGAGCAAUUCAUUACAGAAUUAUUACAAUAUCCACCCAAGCUUCAUCAGUUCUAGCUGGACUGAAGCUUUCACAAUGUGGCCAUUAUCACCAUGUUGCUUCACCCUAAUGACUUCUGUGGAAAUUCAUGCUUUUGGAGGCGAAUUAAUUCCACAUUUAUUUUCAGCCAUGAAUAAUAACUUGGUUCGAGGAAUGAGAUCAGCACCAAGCAAAAUUCAAACGUUUUGGCCACUGCACAGCUUCAUACACUGAUUUAUUAUACACAGGAAGUCUAAUCUCCACUGUCAGACAACAAUAACAGCGCAGGUAUAGCACUUCCUGUCCAGUAUAUAGUAUCUUUAGUACAUGGUAUAUGGACGGUACGAGCUAGCUUUGCUUUGUCCCAGGCUGUCGUGCUAAACACAAGGUGAACCCACCCAACCCGUUGCAGUGCAGAAUUCCACUGAAUAGAAUAUUCCACUGAGGUUGUAUGUUCUCCUCUGCCUCACUAGGUGUCACUGAAAGGCAGUAAGGAGCAGUAAAGCACAUUCUCACCUGUCACCAUUAGAUUUCUCUUAAAAAAUUGUACAUAUGAAUUUUAGUUUUUCUAAAGAUCUGUUCCAGGUCCACUAAACCCAGACGCUUUGAUGUCUCCACUGACCAGUGUCUCCGGCUGCCUUUGCUCAAUAGCAGUGCCACUGUGCUUGUGGGAAUGUAUGGCUGAGCCCACCUACACACCUGUCCAGAACUAGAGCGUGCAUCUGUGUAAACCAUCGGUUAAGACCUCAUGAGUAGUGCAAUAUUUCCUCUUUUCGUUUUGACACAUCAUGUCGUAGCACUUUUUAACUAUUCCCAGUGUGCUGAGAUUAGUCAUUGUGGCGAUAGGAUGAGAUGACAAAAUGUAAUAGUAGUAGUCCACAUUUCAUGCAGGGAUAACUAGUAAUACCUAAAUAUGACUGUUGGGCUAAAUGUACAUGUCUAAAUAGAGCUUUAUUGAAAAAAUAAAACAAGAGGAUUUUACAAGGAAACCAGAAAUGAUUGGUGGGUGAGCUGAUUAUGCAUGCACAAAUCUGUGCCUACACCCUGUAAAGUCCUUCUUGGGCACUUGGGUCAGAAAUGAAGUAAGUUUUCAUUAUUGUUGCUUUUAAGUUGUCUAGGCUGUGGUUGUGAUCAACACUUUCAUCUGGUCCCAGUAUCUUGUCAAGAUUAGAGUACACGUACAAAUGCGGAGUGUUUGUGUUAUAUGUUGCAUUAUAUUGUUGCCAGGUGAAAAAUGCAUCCUUUACUACAGAAUUCAUAUUGAAUUUGCUUGUAGUGAAGCAUUUUUUAAGUCUGCCAUCUUCAUGCACUCUGAUUUGAGAAUUGUUUCCUUUCAAUAAUGGAUUCAAAACGUGCCGUUUUAUUUUUCUAUUGUAUUCAGCAACUCUUUUCAUAUGAUUACCCAGGAUAUACAGUUAUCUACAUUAAUUUUAUAUUUGUUCUGUUAUAACCUAUUACUUUAUCAUUUGUAUGAUUAUUGAAUCAAGCUAUACUGUAAUAAAUACAAACGGUCAAUGUGUA